AUGGCGCUAUGCACACUUCCUUCGGAUGCAGCUUCCUCUUCUACCUGGGUCAUUUACCUGCAAUUCCUAGAAAAGGACGGAGAAAUCAUUGUCUGUGUAUAUUGCGGAUCUGCGACUAGUUCAGAGGGUGGAAAUGUAAGGCUUCAAAGAUACGACUCGUUCUUUGACCGUGGCGCUACUCCAUCAAACAUAUCUCAGAAUAUUCGGGAUCUUGUCGCAGACGGUUACACAAGAUCUGGAACAUCAUGUCUGGCAUCCACUACAAUUCCUGGUAACGCUCUAGACUACCAAUUCCUCCGGGCACUCAUCCUACUCCUUGAGGGUACCUUUCAAGCUAAGCUGUGGUCGAUCAAGCCUAGCACGUAUGGUAGCCUGACGAGUCAGUCACUUUGGCCUCAGAACAAGAUACCUUACGCAGGCCUUAACUUUGGAUCACCACUUUCUGAGGUCCAUCCCCCUCGAGUUCUCGACAUUAUGGGGAUCGCAAAUCCAACCGCCGAUACCAGGAAGGACGAUCAAGAUCGAAAGCGGGAACAGCGGAAGUUCAACAAGUCAACAAAAGAGAGGAUAGACAAACAAGAAAUACAGGCAAGAGACAGAGAAGCUCGGAAGCUGAACAUAGCACGAACAGAAAAACAAGAGGCACAGAGGAUAGCCAACAAGACGUACAGGGAGAGUGUCAAAGGAAGAGAGAAACGGCUGAUAGCCGGCAAGCUGUACAGGGAAAGUGACAAAGGAAAGCAAGUUGCUGCGGCGCUUAAAGUGCGUAAAGCGAAAGCAAAGGAGGAAGCUGCUAGCUCGGUUGGGAAGUAA